UGUAUUGGGUUACAUUUAUCUAUGCUUUCAAUGAUAUAAAAGGAAGGCUGGCUCUUUGGAGUAAGCUCAAGAUAAUCGCUGCAUCCAUGACUGAUCCCUGGUGCUGUUUAGGGGACUUUAAUACCAUACUCAGAGUUGAAGACAGGAAAGGGGGGAUCCCAGUGACUGAAGAGGAAAUUAUGGACUUUAGAGAAUGUGUGAUGGAGUGUGGGUUGGAAGAAAUUCCAUCUGUUGGACCUUACUACACUUGGUCUAAUAGGCAACAAGCUGAAAGUAGAAUUUUCUCAAAAUUGGAUAGAGUUCUGGCUAAUGUGGAGUGGAUGAUGAAAAUCAGAUUUAAAACCAGGGAGCUGAAUGAAGGAAUCUCUGAUCACACUCCCCUACUAGUAACCAGGAUUGCUAGGCAAGGGGGAGGGAAACCCUUUAGAUUUUGUGACAUAUGGAUGAAUGACCCUACAUUUAAGUCAAUACUUGAGCAUAUCUGGAGUGAUGAUAGGAAAAACAAAGGAGUGGAGGAAAUCAGGGAGGAGCUGAUGGAGACCCAGAACAAAAUUCAAGUUGGUAUAUCACAGUAUCUAGUGAAUAAGGAGAGAGAUUUAUUAGAUAAGCUUCACAAAGCUAUACGAGCUUCCUACCUAAUGAAAUGCCAACAAAGUAAACAAGAGUGGAUGACAGAAGGAGACAAGAACUCAAACAUGUUUCAUGCGUGGCUCAAGAAAAGGAUGGUAAACAAUCAGAUACUGGAGAUCCAAGAUGAGAGUGGAAAGAGUGUUGAAGGCAUAGAAGAGAUUGCGAGAGUAUUUGAGGAUUUUUACAAGAAGUUGUUGGGGACUAAAGUGAACACAGAAGGGAUUGAAGAAGACAUCAUGAAGAGAGGAAAAUGUUUGAAUAUUGAACAACAAUUAGGGCUGCUCAAAACUUUCAUUCCUCAACAAGUUAAAGAAGCCAUCUUUUCAAUACCUAAUAAGAAAAGCCCGGGCCCCGAUGGGUUCAGCAGUGGGUUUUUCAAGAAUCAGUGGAAAGAGGUGGGGGAACUUUUCACUAGAGCUGUACUAGAUUUUUUCAAAGAAGGGAGAACACUGCAACAAAUCAAUUCAACAGCCAUUACUAUCAUACCCAAGAGGCCUGAUCCAAUCUCCUGCUGCUCAACCGCCAAGGAGAUGUGGGACAAACUUGAGGUGACGUACGAAGGAACGGACCAAGUACGUGAAGCCAAGAUUGACUUCCUCACCCAAGAAUAUGAGAUGUUCAGGAUGAAGGAGCACGAGAAGAUCGACGACAUGUUCGACCGUUUUUCCAAGAUAGUCAAUGAUCUCCAUGCAUUAAAGAAGACAUACACCGACAGGGAUCUUGUGCGAAAGAUCCUACGGAGCUUGACAUCCGAAUGGCGAUCCAAGGCCGAUGCCAUCUAUGAAUCAAUCGGCACAUCAAAUGUCACCAUCGACAGUCUAUGAAUCAAUUGGUGUGCUCCCUUUACGCGUUCUACGCUCUUUACGUUUCACGUUCUUAAUUUUUUAUUCCUGCGAUUUCUACGAUCAAACACUAUUCACCCCCCCUCUAGCGUUGGUCACUUAUUCUAACAGUUUCCUCGACUCAUCACCGCGCGGGGAUGAUCACCGAAGGGCAGGGGGUCCCUAC